ACCCCCUUGUACAAUGAAACAGGGACACCGGUAUGCUGAGGUCAUGCUGGAUGAGAUAAAAGGCCUAAUGCUUAUCUUUACCUUUCAUAUACGUAUAAAGAAUGUUUGCCCAGUCCAUGAACAGACAUUAGUGCCAAUCUGACGAGCAUGAUCAGAGUCCUGUGUUAAUUAAUCGAGGUGCAAAAAAAGGUGCAGAAAAAGGUGCAAAAAAAUCGUGACCGUUUAGUGUCUCUUUCAAUAUGGACAACAAAGGCUUCAGUGAAGUCCAAAAUGGGGGCCAAAGUAAUGUGACCAUUAAAAUGGAUCGCUCAUCCUCCAUUGCAACGGCAGCAGAAGAUCAAAUCACUUUCACUUGGGACGAUCUCUCAGUGAGCGCCACAUUGCCCGGAUCCAAAAUCCCAUUCAAGAAGAGUGAGAAGAAAAUCAAACAAAUCGUUAAGCAAGCCAGCGGUUAUGUCAAGCCAGGGGAAUUGGUGGCCAUCAUGGGCGCUUCGGGGGCCGGAAAAUCAACCCUCCUGAACGCUUUGACCUUUCGUAACCUCAGUGGGUUAACGCUUACCGGUACACGUUACGCCAAUGGUGUUCCUAUCUCUCCCAACUCGUUGACGUCGGUCUCUGCAUACAUCCAGCAAGAUGACCUUUUCAUCGGCACGCUGACCCCUCGAGAGCAUUUGGAGUUCCAAGCUUUGGUUCGCAUGGAUCGAGAAAUCCCUUACAAGGCUCGAAUGGCCCGAGUAGACAAUGUCUUACACGAAUUGGGACUGACGAAAUGUGCCAAGACCGUGAUUGGCAUACCCGGUCGAAUCAAGGGGAUCUCGGGCGGAGAGAUGAAGCGCUUGGCCUUUGCCUCCGAGGUCUUGACCAAUCCAGCCUUGUUGUUUUGCGACGAACCAACUUCUGGAUUGGACUCAUACAUGGCCCAAAACGUGGUGGAGGUCCUUCAGCAAUUGGCCAAUCAAGGCAAAUCUAUUGUUUGUACCAUUCACCAGCCCAGUUCUCAGGUCUUCUCCAUGUUCGAUCGUGUCCUUCUCAUGGCUGAGGGACAGGUGACCUACUUGGGAGGAGUCGAACGAGCCUUCGAGUUCUUUUCUGAAGUUGGUCACCCUUGUCCAGCCCAUUUCAACCCAGCUGAUCACUAUGUUCAAGUUCUGGCGGUAACUCCUGGAGACGAAGAGUCUUGUCGAAAACGAAUCAAACACAUUGCAGAGGCAUUCGAAGUAUCUCCGGAAGGUCGGAGUGUGGUGAAAGAAGUGACUUAUCAGAAGCAAAAUGAGCAUGCUUCCACUCAAAUGGUCAAGGCUUCGAAAAGGUCCUCUCCGUACAAAGCAUCCUGGAUUGAACAAUUCAGGGCCCUUUUGUGGCGAAGUUUCCUCUCCGUGAUGAAGGAGCCUAUGAUUGUCAAAGUGAACCUCAUUCAAACCAUUGUGAUAUCACUAAUUUUGGGUGUAAUCUAUAUGAACCAAGAGUACGACCAGAAAGGAGCUUCCAACAUUAACGGAGCCUUGUUUAUCAUCAUCACCAACUUGAAUUUUUCGAAUGUGUUUGGCGUUGUCAAUGUAUUUUGCUUGGAAUUACCUAUAUUUAUGAGAGAGCACUUCAAUGGGAGCUAUCGUGUGGACACCUACUUUUUGACGAAACAGUUGGCCGAAUUGCCAGUCUACAUAGUCAUGCCCGUCGUCUUCGUAUCCAUAUUCUAUUGGUUGGUGGGGCUGAACCCAGAUGGUGGAAGAUUUGUCAUUGCCAUUGUUAUCGCCAUUUGCCUCGUCCAAGCAGUUAUUAGCUUUGGAUAUUGUGUUUCCUGUUGGGCAUCUUCGGUUCAAAUGGCAUUAGCCAUCGCUCCUCCAGUGAUGAUCCCAAUGCUUCUGUUCGGCGGGUUCUUUUUGAACAGCGAUACCGUACCAGUUUGGCUGGAUUGGAUUCAAUACAUAUCCUGGUUCAAAUACGCCAAUGAGGCCUUUGUGGUGAACCAAUGGGCUGGAGUGGAACUUUCUUGUCCACCUGAUCAACUUGUGGAAUUACCAGACGCAUUCAAUUUCACUUGUAGCGCCCUAGAAGACGAAUUUGCAGUUGCUUGUGACAACCACACGGAAAAUGGAAUCAUUAGUAUUCCCUUAAAUUCAUCGGCAACAAUGGACAUUCCGUCGCCUUGUUUCUUUGAUAACGGAGAGGCUGUUAUCAAUAAUUUGGGCUUUGAUAAGGACUCAAAAGUGUUUAAUAUUAUUAUGCUAGUAGUGCUUGCUAUUGCCUUUCGUAUCAUCGGAUUCAUUGGGCUGUUGGUCAGGACCCGAAGGAAGUCGAAAUAAGGAGAACCAUGUUAUUUUCUUGUGUGUACGUAGAUCAUCUCAAAUAAACAACUACUCAUUCAUUAGUAUUUUCAAGAUGGAACGAGUUUUAAAUUUUUCAA